AUGGCCGACGUGCGUUGGGCCGUGCCGGAAUACGUCCCGGAGGAGCUGCAUGCAGAGCCAAGCAGGCUCCAGGAGUAUCUACAUGCGCCACUUACAGGCGAUGUGCAGCGCUGGGCAUGCACCGCGGCCGAUCUGCACCUCCUCCCGCUGCUCGGCGAGCGCAUCGCAACCGAUCCACUCGGCGACGUGCGCGAGCGCGUAAACGCCGACAAUGAGGCGGCGAUGCAGGGGCUCCAAAAGGCAGAGUCGGAGCUGCGGGCACUUCUGGGCACGGCACUGGGCGAGGAAAAUGUCGACGAGGACGUUGCCGAGCCGCUGCAGCGCUUCGCCGAAGGCAUGACGACCCGCGCGCCGACAGCCGUCGAGGAGACGCCAAAGGACGAGGCGACCGCAAGCACGCUCGCGCAGAUGUACAUUGCACGUACUUGUACACAGCUGCUUGCGGAAGCGGAUGACGCGACAAACGCGGCCGACGCGGCGAAGGACGUGUCGAGCACCCAGAUGGCCACGCUGCAGCGGCUCGCGGCGCUCGUCGAACAGGUGCCCCAGAGCGAGGGCGGCGAGGGGACCAGCGUGCCGCUGCGUGCGACGCACGAGCUUGUCCAACGGCGUGACGCGCUCUACAAUCGCCUGCACACGGCCUAUACAGACAAGCUGCGGGCCGUGCUCGACGAAAUGCACUGGCCUCCGCCCGAGCACCAGAAUCCGGACGCAGACCGCACGGACCUCGGCUCGUUCUCGCUCUUGGCGCACGCCGACCUCAAGGAUGCAUGGGUAGACGUGUGUGAGCUGCAGCUUACGGCCGCUGCUCUUGGCAUACAGGCUGCGCCGAGCGCCGUGCGCACGCUCCCGUCCGUGUCGGGCUCCGAGACGGCAAACGCGGCCGUUGCCCAGCCGGGCUCGGAGGCGUAUGUUCCUUUGGAGGCCGUCACGAUUCUCUUUCACCCGAUCCUCUUGCGGUUCCGCUACCACUUUGACGGCGACCGCUCGACGAAUCGACUAGACAAGCCGGAGUGGUUCCUGCGGCAUAUGCUGGCGCUGGUCCAGAUGAACAGCGCCUUGUUCCGCCCGGCGCCGGACGCAUGGCAGGCAGGCGGCGAAAUCGCCGAGCUGACACGGCUCCGCCGGCCCAUUCCGCCGGUGACGACCUUCCGCCAGCGCCAUAUCUACGUGGACACCGCGGCAGAGCUCUUGCACAGCGUCCUGUACCCUCUGCGACGCAAGAUUCACGCCUCGAUGGAACUCUUGGCCGAGCAGCCUGCAUUGCUUGCACACAACAUCUUCCAGUACCUCACCUUUGACGCCGAUCUGCGCGAAGUGUACCGUCCGGCCGCGGCUGUGGCCGAAGGGCGAGGGGCAGUAUGCCUUGCGGACGAAGUCCUCGGUAACGAUACCUACUUUCAAGAGUGGCUCGAUGGCGAGCGUGUCUUUGCACAGCGCCGCUUCGAGACCGUGCUGGAGACGCCCAGUGCAUGGGCACUUGUCCAGGCGGAUACGCUCACGGACGAAGACGAUCUUAGCCUCGAUGCAGGCGAUGCAGAGGCCGCUACGGAUGCACAGACGACAACGCGCUGCGCUGGCACGCUCAUGAACAUCCUCUUGGGCGUCACGGAGCGGUACCAGCCGCUGCACUCGCUCGGACAACGCUGUGCAUUUGUGAUCCGCGUGCAGCGUCCGCUGCUGAGCGCGUUUGCUAUGCGCUUGGUUCGCCAUCUCGAUGCAUUUGAGAAUUUGAGCGGCGCUUUUUCUCGAGCCAUUCCUGGCGAAAUUAGCUCGCUGUCGGCCGGCUCGGGCAACGAUGUGGUGCGGGGCACCAAGGGUCUCAGCCGCGUCGCCAAGGCACUGCUUUCGGCAGAGUAUGUCGCGCAGCAGCUCGAGGAAUGGUCGGAAUCGUCCUUCUUCCUGAGCAUGGGGCAGGAUGUGUCGAUGCUGGACAAGAACUCGGCGCUCUACGGGCUCAUGCUCCCGUCGCAGAGUAACGAUGAGCUCGACUCGGCAAGCUUAAUUUCGGCACUGAAGCGGGGGUUGCAGCGUGGCGCUACCGCCGCUGCGACGUUGCGUCCUCUCGCCGGUGCCAACGACGCCGACAAGCCGCCUACGGCGGACACCGAAGCGCCUCUGGAAGACGUGCCAGGGAUUUGGGAUAGCGCCCGCACCCGCUUUUCUGAAAUCUCCGAACGCUCGAAACGGGGCAUUGAACGCCUGGUCGUUUCAGAGGUUCUCGAGCAGAUGCGGCCGUAUAUUGUUCGACGCUGGGACCGCGACGAAACUCCCGAGGUGGGACAAGACGAAGACGCAGAAGAAGAGGAAACAUCCGGUCAGGAUAUCCCUACGCGCGAGCUCUUGCCAGCACUGUCCAAACUCUCGUCUUUGCUCUCGGAAAUGGUCCAGCUUCUUCCGCCUACGCUGCUGCUGCCAUUGUACCGUCAUGUUGCCGAAAGUCUGAGCAAAGCCGUUGUCGAGCGUAUUCUUAUGCCGAGUACGAACCCCGAGUCUGCAUGGCGUUUGUUGACCGAUGCUAGUGCACAGCUCCAGUAG